AUGACCUACGUCAAACGCUUCCACCGUCUCCCAGCCGCCGCAAUGCCAUCAGAAUCAACAGUCGUAUUUGGCCUACGGAUCCAUGAGCUACGAAGUGGAAAUAGGAAGUCAAUGCCGGUGAGUUCGGGUAUCAGGCAUGACAUAGAUGUAGAUCUGACACCGGUGCAGCUUCCUUCCUCGAGGGUGGAGCCCUCUAACCAUGCUUUCAAUAACUCUACGUCAACCGAUACCGCCGAUAUUCUAAUAGCAUGCACAGGGAUCAGUUUGAACAGUGAGGAGUCUGGUGGAAAGGAAAAGAUGGAAGAGAGGAUGGAAGCUAAUGAUAGCAUCGACGACGAAAAUCUCGUGGCUGAACAGACGGGAUCGGAGGCGCUCGCUACUUCCAGCACUGGGGCUCUCGUCCGGGCAUCUCCAUCUCCAUCUCCAUCUGCGUCUCCAUCUUCAUCUCUUUCUCAUUCUCUUCCUCUUUCUGCAUCUACCGAACCACGUCGAGUAUCUCACGUGUGGCGCAUCGCAGGACAGAGGUGGUUUGCAGCAAGGAUAAUUGCUCCAAGGACAGCGACCGUAGGUAAUCGACGGACAGUGGUGAGGAGAGAGCCUUGGCUCUGGGAGAUCAAGGGCUCGACUUCGAGUGGGGAUGAUUGGGGUGGAGCCGUCGAUGAGCUGGCGAAAUUUCGAGAAUUAGGGAUUGAGCACAACCAUGUAGGUUCGUCGUGGGAAGAAGUCCUACGCAUCGAGUCAACCAAUGAUAAGCUGAAGCACAGAUGCUACCAACAAAGCGGCUUGCGGUAUUCCUUGUCUUUUGUCAGCGAUGAUCAGGUGUUGGGCUAG